UUUAUGUAAACAAAUGUCAGUCGAAAAAUGUCGCAACAGAUUUCUUUAACAUUUUCAAGGCCUAAGAUACCUUAUAAAAAUGAUCUGCUUGUUAAAUUUCUGAAACUAAAUCUGAAGGGAUUUUUCAUGGAAUUUAUCAAACAGAGACGCCAAGAAGAAGCCACCAUGUCACUGGGAUUGAGUAUUAUCGUGUUAUCCUACAAAAAAUAUUACUUUCAUGGAUACCCUAUAUCUAGAAAAUGAGUUCCAGAUUCUGAAUAUGCAGCCGGGAAUUACGUCUAAAUCGUAUACCCAAUCAUCAAACCAAGUGGAAGGAUCAACAUUGGCCCAGAAAUUCGUUUUUCGCCACAGUAUCCACUACCAGCAGCAGGACAAUAACUUGACCCCUCCCGAAGGAGCCUUGGGAUACGCUCAAUCUGAAAUUCUAGUUUCAACCGAUUGGCGACAUAUCCCUGCUCAAAGCCAGGAAAUCUAUGAAAAACCACACGUCCUCGUCGGUGAUGGAGAUGUGCAAUAUUAUGUUUAAAUUUUGUUUGUAAGUGUUAAUUUUUGAAUCCAGCUGGUUUAAUGUUUCUUAGCACUGGUCAAAACAAGUAAAUAAGUAAAAAGUGACAGAGCGUAUGUAAUCAAUUAAUGUCAGUUAUAUUGAUGGACGAGAAACGUAAGGAUAACAAUGUUUUAACUUUGUUUACUUUAUCGAUCUCUUCAUGGUGAAGUGAAAGUAUGUAAAAGUUUUCUCUGCAGAAAAUGAUGCCCAGCUUUCUCCAUACAUUUAUGAUCCAAGGUUACUUCGCACUUUCUUCCAAGUUAGUAGAUAUGCAUGGAUUUGAGUCUUGUAUGCCCUACUUCCUAUCUAACUUCAGCCUGUCAAUUUCAUAUCAGAGAUUUCUUCAUUUAUAAAUUUCGUUCACCAAAUUUCAAAAAUGUUCAAACUGAUAGUAUUCUGCUUAUUAUUUACUGUAUUAUUCACAGCAAGUCAAAUCACCGAAUGGGUAACAGAACCCUAUCACGACGAGGAUUUCAAGUUCGUCACAAAUCUACCAUCGUAUUAUCGCGCACGGUGCAAAAAUUCAAUGCACUGUGGCGAAGAACCUGGACUUAUCUGUGCAACGGAUAAGGUGUGUCGCUGCCGGACUCACGAAUUAUGGUACAGUGUUACGAAAAAAGCCUGCAUUGCGAGCAAUGGAGAUCGAUGCAAAUUUGGGGCGGAAUUAAACUCUGAAAAGCAAGAAAUCCUUGAAUGUCCUAAAGCUUCUGUAUGCAACGAGACAGGAUUUUGCAGUUGUGCCCCAGGAUACUUUGAAAAUCCGGAGAGGUUCGAGGUCCCAUAUUCCUACGGUACCUCUUUCACCGCCCACAAAGGUGUAUGUGUGGGAAAGGUAGACGUGGAGUGUCAGGUCGAAGCAAACUACAAGUACGGGUCAGACGGACCUCAACUAGAUAACGUUUAUUGCAUGGAGGACGCUAAGUGUGUGGGGAGGACCUGCUGGUGUCAGGAUAACCUGGUUAAGACACGUGACCAGUUGUGUGGGAGAAAAUAUGGGAAGGAGUAUUCUAUGACGAAACCAUGUCAAGAUAAUUUAGUGUGUACCCGAGUUCAAGGAAAUUCUUCUAUGAGAUGUCUAUGCAGAAAUCAAGAUAUGCAGAUAUAUGACGACACAGUUGCAAAGUAUGGAAGUUGUCGGGGUCUCGUAGGGACGCCGUGCGAUCCGGAGGAUACAAAUUCUUGUGUGGUGGGUGCACAAUGUGAACCGACGGCGGAGAAACAUGGAAUUCCUUAUCGGUGCGAGUGUAAACUGGGAAAUAUCCGAAAUUCAGACAAGAAGUGUGAGAUACUUCAUGGAAACACAUGCGACCCAUCGUCCGCACAUGAACAUUGUGAUAAACUGGCAAAUUUGACAUGUCGAAUUGUUCCACAGAUGAACAAGGAACGAAAUGUCACUGAAAUUGGAGCAGUUUGUAGUUGCCGUAAUUUGGAUGACUUGUACGAACCUCAGCUUAGGAAAUGCGUAUCGGCUUUUGGAGUUUCGUGUCGGUCCAUGGAGGAUUGUCCACUGUAUGCAAAUUGCAUGAAAUCCUCCCCGAACGAGGAUGGACUGUGUGCUUUUAAUGGCACACAGGCAUUUUCCGACUAAAUAUUUUGGAAUAUCUGGAAAAUGCACGGAAAUAUGAAAAAUCCAAUAAUGAGGAAUCUUUAAAUGGCAGGGUUUAUAAAAUUAAUUAAUCCUAGAAUUCUACUAUAUGAACAUGUUGUAAAUUGCGAUAGUAUAAAAGCUAGAAAAAUGUUAGUCAUACAUAAUUUAAAUAUAUAUGUAGCAUGUACAAAAUUUGCAGGGUCCAUGUGCAAUUAUUUUAAUAAAU